AUGGCCGGAGCGAACAGUGUCAGUGCCGCCGCCACAGCGACGGUAGAUUGGCACCUGAGACCUCCGAACCCUAAGAACCCGAUCGUCUUUUUCGACGUCACCAUCGGGUCGAUACCGGCUGGGAGGAUCAAGAUGGAGCUGUUCGCAGACAUCAUCCCCAAGACCGCCGAGAAUUUCAGGUGCCAUUAUCUAUAUUGCCUGUGUUUCUGUGAAUGCUGCAUCUGCCUUGAUGCGGGGGCAUGGUUUCUCCUCUGUGUGGUCGGGAAAUGCGUGACAGCCCUUUCGCGCCUUCAGUGGAAUUUUUUUUGUUGAAGGGAGUUACAACACAGUGGGAGUUUGCGGUUGCGUAGUUGCUAUAGCUCUUCAUGGCUAUCAGUGAUGGAUGAUCCUGGGGUUGUUGGAAGAUAUAUAGAGUAUAGGAUCAUGAUUUGAUUUCUGGUAUUUCUUGUGAUGGUUUCUCGCAACCAACCUUUUGCCUCAUCUCAGUUCAAUGAAGCUUGGGUCCAUGUUUUUGUGGUGUUUCGAUGACACUACCGCAAGAUAAAGGAUACGGGGUUUUUCUCGGUUGCUUUGGCCAGGUUACGAUGUCUCAGUUGAUUUUCCUUCGCUAUGCCUUUUCCUUCCCUGGUGUCAUUAGAUAAACUGUACCCUAGAUGUGUUUUUCUUCAGAUGCUGAUUUGCUCGCAACACAAAUAACUUAUCAGUUAUAUCAGUCAACGGGGAUUCUUAUCAAUUUUGUUCAGUCUGUGGUUGGUUGGCUGUAGAGAACCAAAAAUAAAGAAAAAAAAACUGAAUUAUUAAUGUACGGAUGUGCAUUAAUAAAAUGUCAAAAACUUGCAAAGCUUUAGGUCUUUCAAAUAUCUCUGGGAUUCUUCUUCUCCAAAGGUUUUUAAUAAACCGAUUUUAUGUCUUAUUUUGAUUUUAAUAAACCUGUUUUUACGAAUACUAUCAUGAAAGUACUUUAUGAUAUUGAGAGUACUAUAUGACAUCAGUUUUGUUAUUUAUUGGGCAGGCAACUUUGCACUGGUGAAUACAGGUGAGUGAACUACUAAUCAUCAAUUUUAUUAUUUGAUUCAUUUUUCAGAAGAUUUGUGCAUUCUCUGGAUAAAUGCUCAAUUUUAUAUCUAUCAGUUGACUUGCUCUUCAGAGUUAUUCUUCCAACUGUACUCAAUUUUAUUCAGUGAUGCACGAAUCUUAUGUCAUUGAACUUAUCUUUCUGCACGUCUGUGGAAUGUAGUUGCGUAAAACUUUAGAUCUCUGUGGGAAUACCCGAUGCAUUCUGUUUGUAAACAACUUAGUGCAACUUCUGUAUUACGAUGACAAAUCGCUUGGUGAGAACAGUUUCUGUAUUAAGAUGGCUUGUCCCAUACUCGAUUCAUCAACCUACGCUCUCCGCGUUGUCUUCUCAAGGCUCUCCACUGGGUGGUUUGCCAUUAGUUAUACUUGAGUGGAUACCUACUUCUCAAGGCCCUAGUAUUUAUGGGGGGAACAUGCCUUCUGGGAGGUUGCUUGCAUAACCAAGAAGAUGACCUAGCAUCGUAAGUGGCAGGCAACUGGGGUAGCAACUAUCCAGGGCAAGUUAAAAUUUUUCUCAAUAUUUUUGUAAUUUUAUUUCCCUACCUUUUCAUUUAAAGCUUAGAUGAGUCCAACUAAUUAUAUAACAUCUGAUGCAGUGAGAUUGUUAUAACUAAGCGUUCAUAGUCAUUAAUAUUUUGUAGACAUCUGGGUAAAGUAAAAUACUAGGGCCAUGCUAAGACGUUCGGAACAAAUCUUCAUGAGCUACCUUGGUUUGUCUCUUAGAAUUUUUUGACUAGGCAUCUGAGAACCCGUCAAGUAUUUUAUUUUCUAGAAUUUUUUCACAGAAUAUGAGUAUAACCUGUUGGCCGAACCUCAUUCUGUAUACAAAUUCUACACCUCAUGGUAGAACACACGAGACCCAUUAAUUUACACCUGUACUCAUUGGGUGUCAAAUAGCAUAUCACAAACCUCACUUAUGCACCAAGCUCAUAUUCCUGGUACCCACGUGACAUUCUUUUCCUACAUACCAAAAAUGGCUAGCAUUCUUUGGCCAUCCUCAGCCUCGUGAUGGACUUCUUCUAUUCUCAAUCUAUAAUUCUUUUGACAGAAAAGCAGGGGUGCCAGUCGGCUUCAAAAAUUGCCACUUCCAUCGGGUGAUCAAGGAAUUUAUGAUUCAGGGUGGGGACUUCCUCAAGGUCUGUCUCACUAUCUACCCGUGAUUCUGAAAUGAUGUAGUUUCUCUCUCUUUACGUUCUUCAUUACCCUGAAUCAAGUUCUCGUCGUGCAAAUUCCAUCCGCUCUCAAACUAACUGCACCCCGAUUUGCAGGGAGAUGGCAGUGGAUGCGUGUGCAUUUAUGGAAGCAAGUUUGACGAUGAAAACUUCAUCGCCAAACAUACCGGCCCUGGAUUGCUAUCUAUGGUAUGCAGCUUCUCCUAACCUGGCCCCAUUUGGUAAGCCUGAAAUUGAACUUGAGCCCAGAUUGAACUGGAUCAGGGCCCAGUGGAAUUUAUCACAAUCCCAUCUUAUAUCAUGGCAUGAGUAUUGAUCUCUCUACCAUUUCCUCCGAACUAUGGACCGAAGCUUGUUGAUGUAAGCUCGAUCUUCAUGGCGGAUAGUUUGUGGUAGUAAACCAGAGCCCAGCCAAGAGUUUAGUUGAAUACGAAACAACACAGUAAGAAUGGCGGAGAGGCAAAGGGUACCUCAGCCUGCAUAAUCUCCCCUAGUCUUUCUUGGUUUGAAAUGAUUCCAUUGUAAAAUAUUGGAGAACCGCAGUGGAGAGAGUAACUCCCGUUGAGCACGUUCAGAUAAUGUUUUUAUUCUCAAAACCCCUCUCUAGUGUUCUCAAAACCCUUGCAUCAAAACAGGUAGGUUGGGAUCACCCAUGAAUUAUCUUUUUAUAGAAAAAUUCAGAACACUUGUUCUUCCAAAUUUUGAUCAGGAUUACUGAUCUUCAGUGCACGAUGGCAUGCCUCCUCUUCUUCCUCUUUCGCAUGUCAUCAUGACCGCUUCUCUCUGAACAUCAAAAACCAUCGAGAACUAGCUACAUUUGCAUUUAAAGUAAAAAAUAUUAGAAUUAUAUUCUCUUGAUGUAAUCGCUCGUAUCAACUUUUUUUUUUGCCUGAAUCUGUUGAUCUUCCUACUUUUUGCAGGCUAACAGUGGGCCGAAUACCAACGGAUGCCAGGUACAAUCGAUCAUCACUUGUUUUCUGCCAUGAAUUUAUUAGAUCGGAGAACAUGUCUGAGAUCAAGCGAAAACAUGCUGAGUAAUUAAUGUCUUAACCAGCAAGUCGUUCCCUUUUUCUUUUUUCUUUUUUUUUAAUUCCGCAGUUCUUCAUUACCUGCGCCAAAUGUGACUGGCUAGACAACAAGCACGUGGUCUUCGGGGUAAGCUCUAGCUCACAUCCAUGAACUAAUCUCUCCUAAUAUGCAGCCGGGAUUAUGACCGCCGGUAGCCAUUAAUCAAGCCUCUUAAGCUCAGCCUGGUCGAAGGAUCAUGAGCUUUUCUUUUUUAGAUCAAAUGAGCGUUUUUCCCCGUGAAAUUCACGUUCAUAAAUUCUUGCAGAGGGUGCUGGGAGAUGGGUUGCUGGUCGUCCGGAAGAUCGAGAACGUAGCCACCGGGCCGAACAAUCGGCCAAAGCUGGCCUGCGUCAUAGCCGAGUGCGGCGAAAUGUAG